AUGAAUCCAUUCUCAGCUUCAGAGACCGGGGUUCAUUGGCUGCAGAGAUAUGAACAAGCUCUCCAUGUGUCAUCCCAUUCUACAGCCAGAGGAUUUAGAUGGGCCUAUUCUGAAAAAAUAUUCUUGCAUGUCACAGUUCCACAGAAGAUAAGGUCAAAUAAAAGUGAAGAUGCAGAGAAGCAGGUGACUUAUAUUAUUAAAAUGGAUGGAAAGCCCUAUACUCUACAUCUCAAAAAACACUCAUUCUUAUCCCAGAACUUUUUGGUUUAUACAUAUAAUGAAACUGGUUCUUUGCAUUCUGAGUCUUCGUAUUUAAAGAUGCAUUGCCAUUACCAAGGAUAUAUUGAAGAUUUUCCAAAUUCCGUUGUGACACUCAGCAUCUGUUCUGGACUCAGGGGAUUCCUUCAGUUUGAAAAUAGUACCAUUGGGAUUGAGCCAGUGGAAUCUUCAGCAGGAUUUGAGCACAUAAUAUAUCAAGUGAAAAAUGACAUUCCAGAUGUACCAAUGUUGGCAGAAAAUGCAAGCAGGUCUUGGCAGAAGGACCAGCCCAAUAAAAUUGAUAUGAGUUCACAAAAAGAACCUCUUUUGAAACAAUCACCUCAAUAUAUAGAAAUGCACAUUAUAGUGGAAAAAACUUUGUAUGAUUAUAUGGGAUCUGAAAUGAUGACUGUAACACAGAAAGUUGUCCAGAUUAUUGGCCUUGUUAACACUAUGUUUACACAGUUCAAAUUGACUGUUAUACUGUCUUCCGUGGAAUUGUGGUCAGAUAAGAACCAAAUUUCUACCAGUGGGGAUGUUGAUGAUAUAUUAGCAAGAUUUUUGGCAUGGAAACAAGACUAUUUCAUCCUACAGCCCCAUGACAUAGCAUAUUUACUUGUUUACAGGAAACGUCCUAAAUAUGUGGGAGCAACAUUUCCUGGAACAAUAUGCAAUAAAAGCUAUGAUGCAGGUAUUGCUCUGUAUCCGGAUGCAAUUAGUUUGGAGGGAUUUUCAGUUAUUAUAGCUCAACUUCUUGGCCUUAAUAUAGGAUUAACAUAUGAUGACCUUAAUAAUUGUUCUUGUCCAAGGGCAACAUGCAUAAUGAAUCAAGAAGCACUCCGUUCCAGUGGUGUAAAAGUUUUUAGCAACUGUAACAUGCGUGACUAUACAUAUUUUAUUUCAAAAUUUGAGCUUAAUUGUCUUCAGAAUCUUUUACAUUUUCAACCAUUAUAUAAAAAUCAACCAGUAUGUGGUAAUGGAAUUUUGGAACCUAAUGAAGAGUGUGACUGUGGCAGUGAAGAGGAAUGCCAAUUUAAAAAGUGCUGUGAUUAUAAUACAUGUAAACUGAAAGGCGCAGUAAAAUGUGGUUCUGGGGCAUGCUGUACUUCAAAAUGUGAGCUAUCAAUAGCAGGCACUCCAUGUAGAGAGAGUAUUGAUAAAGAGUGUGAUUUUACAGAGUAUUGCAAUGGGACUUCUGGUGAUUGUGUUCCUGACACUUACGCAUUGAAUGGCCAUACAUGCAAGUUGGGAACUGCAUAUUGUUAUAAUGGAAAAUGCCAAACCACCGAUAAUCAGUGUGCUGAAGUAUUUGGAAGAGGUGCUAAAGGUGCUCCAGUUGCCUGUUUUGAAGAAGUUAACUCUCUACGUGAUAGAUUUGGAAACUGUGGUUUUAAAAAUUCACAAUCAUUACCUUGUGAACAGAAGGAUGUUCUAUGUGGAAAAUUAGCUUGUAUUUGGCCACAUGAGAAGACUUACAAACGUGAUGCUAAAUCUACAGUUUAUUCAUAUGUUCAAGAUCAUGUAUGCAUAUCCUUAACCAAUGGGUCUUCAGUGAGCUCAGAUGGAAGGGACUAUGCUUUUGUGGCUGAUGGCACUGUGUGUGGUCCACAUAUGUAUUGUUUAAAUAAAACCUGCAAAGAAGCCAGCUUAAUGGGAAAUUACUGUAAUUCUACAACAAAAUGCAAAGGGAAUGGGAUAUGUAAUAAUUUUGGUAAUUGUCAAUGCUUUCUGGGCUACAGGCCUCCAGAUUGUGAAUUCCAGAUUGAUUCACCAGGGGGCAGUAUUGAUGAUGGAAAUAUUCAGAAAUCUGGUGAGUAG